AGGCUGCGAGAGUCUCGCAGCGAUUCGUUUCUUGUCUCUUGCAGCAACUAUCCCUAUCGCAUGCAGUAUCAUCCGGUGCACGGGCGGUUGAUUUCACCGACUCGGAACAGCAGACGGCGGAAGACGACAUUUCCGGGGACACCGAUCUUGGCGAUUCACGAGCGUUGCAGCAGCCCUGCGUCUUACAGCGGACUUCGCUGUCGCUCGCAGAAGCACCCAUCUCAUGCAGUGUGCUGUGCGCGAAGAAGAAAAGGGAGAAGGUGUAUUCCUGAAGUUGUCAAAAUGUGGCAGCUGAAGAUUCACUUCCAAGUUACUUGCUGA